AGAAUGGCAGAAGUUACACAGCCCAAUUCCACCUUCCCACGCCCAACUUUCUUCUUACUGACUGGCAUUCCAGGGCUUGGGAGUGCGCAGGGCUGGCUGACAUUGAUCUUUGGACCCAUGUAUCUGCUGGCUCUGCUGGGCAAUGGGGCAUUGCUAGCAGUGGUACGGAUAGACGCCAGCCUACACCAGCCCAUGUUCCUACUCCUGUCUAUGCUCGCAGCCACAGACGUGGGUUUAGCCACAUCGAUAGCCCCAGGUCUGCUGGCUGUAUUGUGUCUUGGGCCCCGACCUAUACCAUACGCUGCCUGCUUGGCCCAGAUGUUCUUUGUACAUGCACUGACUGCCAUGGAAUCUGGCGUACUGUUGGCAAUGGCCUGUGAUCGUGCUGUGGCAGUAGGGCGUCCACUGCACUAUCCCAUACUGGUCACCAAAACCCGUGUGGGCUAUGUAGCCCUGGCACUGGUACUGAAAGCUGUGGUUAUUGUUGUACCUUUCCCUCUACUGGUGGCACGAUUUGGGCACUUCCGAUCCAAGACUAUACGCCAUGCCUACUGUGCCCACAUGGCAGUGGUAGAGCUGGUGGUGGGUAACACACGGGCAAACAACUUGUAUGGGCUGGCACUGUCACUGGCUGUGUCAGGUUUGGAUAUUCUGGGUAUCACUGGCUCCUAUGCACUCAUUGCCCAUGCCGUGCUGCGACUGCCUACCCGGGAGGCCCGUGCCAAGGCCUUUGGUACAUGUAGUUCCCACAUCUGUGUUAUUCUGGCUUUCUAUGUGCCUGGUCUCUUCUCCUACCUCACACACCGUUUUGGUCGUCACUCGGUCCCAAAGUCUGUACACAUCCUUCUCUCCAACAUCUACUUGCUACUUCCACCUUCCCUUAACCCACUCAUCUACGGGAUCCGCACCAAACAGAUCAGGGACAGGCUCCUAGAAAUCUUCACAUCCAGAAAACACAAGUUAUAA